GUAGUGCUGCAAAACAAGGGAAAAGCUCUAGAAAUCUAAUUACUGUACAGUACAUACUUGGAUGUGGGUCAUGGUGAUCUACUUUUUCAUGAAACGGACAUCUAGUGAGGAUGUCAUUUACUGAACCAUUGUUAUUGUGAAACCCUUUGUGGCUGUCUUAAUUGCUAGCAGUGGGUCACUGUUGGAUGGCAGCUUACUGUCAGUCACAGCUGCUUGUAAAAGCAAGUACAUUUCUGGGCAGAUGUCCUGAGUUUCUGUCUAAUAAAGGAAAAGAAGCAGAGCUGGAAUCCCCUCUUGAAUUAUAAAAAGUAAAGAACAAAAAACAACCAUCCAUUUCAGACAGGUUCUUACCAGCUACUAUACAUCCUAGUGGAAGUAUUUGAAGAUGUGCUAGUAUUCUAGUAUUCUGGAAUUAGUUUAUUGCUUGGCGGAGCGUGUCCAGGUUUUCUUAUAAGAUAGUCAAAUCAUUUAGCAUAUUUGGCUCAAGUGAACACUGCUCCUCAACAGACAAGUACACUUUUGAUGCGACUUUAGAAUUUUGUAAUUGUAACUAAAUACAGUACGGUUUCUGGUCUGGUGAGAUUUUGUGUGAAAUUCCAGUUGAAAAGUCGGUCGGAACUAAAGCAUUUCUUUUCGCACCUCCUUCUUGUCACAUGUUCUUUUCACAGCACUGAAAAGUUCUUGGAUUAGCAGACUAUUAACACAAAGCAAAACGCCACUUCAGGAGAGAGAGGGGGGGGGAGCACAGUCUUCUGUAGCACAACUCGGUGAAAAAACACGCAGCAAACAAGAGAAUCAUCUUGAAGGCUGCUUUACACGGAAGGUGCUUUUGAGCUAUGGAAAAGAAAGUAAGCGAAGCAAUGCAGAAUGGAGCGGUUCUUGGUGAGACGACAAAGAAGGAUGAGAACGUACGCCGGGGAAACUGGGGUAACCAGAUUGAGUUUGUUCUGACCAGUGUCGGCUAUGCAGUGGGUCUGGGCAAUGUCUGGAGAUUCCCCUAUCUCUGCUACAGAAAUGGAGGAGGUGCCUUCAUGUUUCCCUACUUCAUCAUGCUUGUGUUCUGUGGAAUCCCCCUUUUUUUCUUGGAGCUGUCCUUUGGACAGUUUGCCAGUCUUGGCUGCCUUGGGGUAUGGAAAGUCAGCCCCAUGUUUAAAGGUGUUGGCUAUGGUAUGAUGGUGGUUUCCACGUAUAUAGGUAUUUAUUACAACGUGGUGAUCUGCAUCGCUUUCUAUUACUUCUUCAUGUCUAUGACCAACGUGCUUCCUUGGACAUACUGCAAUAACUCCUGGAACACAAAGGACUGCAGUGGGGUGGUGGGGUCUUCCUAUGCGAACGCCUCUAUAGCCAACAUCUCAGAAUUGGUGAACCAUACAGCCAAGAGGACCAGCCCUAGCGAGGAGUACUGGAAGUACCAGGUGUUGAACAUCUCUGAUGACAUUGGUAAUUUUGGAGAGGUGCGGCUUCCAAUUUUAGGUUGCCUGGCAGCCUCCUGGGUUGUGGUGUUCCUCUGUCUCAUCAGAGGGGUCAAGUCAUCAGGGAAAGUGGUUUACUUUACAGCCACAUUUCCUUACGUGGUGCUGACCGUCCUCUUCAUCCGAGGAAUUACGUUGGAUGGUGCGGUUAAUGGGAUCAAAUACUACCUGACUCCGCAGUGGAAAAUGAUCUUGGAUGCAAAGGUGUGGGGAGAUGCUGCAUCCCAGAUCUUCUACUCUCUUGGCUGUGCCUGGGGUGGGCUCAUCACCAUGGCAUCUUAUAACAAAUUUCACAACAACUGUUACAGGGACAGUAUAAUCAUCAGCAUAACAAACUGUGCAACCAGCGUCUACGCAGGCUUUGUCAUCUUCUCCAUUCUGGGCUUCAUGGCGCACCACCUGGGUGUGGAUGUGGCCGAUGUGGCUGACCACGGACCUGGGCUAGCUUUUGUGGCCUACCCAGGGGCCCUCACUCUGCUCCCCAUUUCCCCACUUUGGUCUCUCCUUUUCUUCUUCAUGCUCAUCCUGCUAGGACUUGGAACUCAGUUCUGCCUGUUGGAGACACUGGUAACAGCUAUUGUGGAUGAGAUUGGGACAGAUUGGAUAAUUCGGAAUAAAACAUACGUAACCUUGGGGGUGGCGGUAGUUGGCUUUCUGCUAGGAGUGCCUCUGACAUCCCAGGCUGGGAUCUAUUGGCUGCUGCUCAUGGAUAACUAUGCAGCCAGUUUCUCUCUUGUCAUCAUCUCCUGCAUCAUGUGUGUCUCCAUCAUGUACAUUUACGGGUUCCGCAAGUACUUCAAGGAUGUUGAGAUGAUGCUGGGUUUUCCUCCUCCAAUCUUCUUCCGAAUCUGCUGGCGAUUCGUGUCUCCUGCCAUCAUCACGUUUAUCCUGGUGUUCACAGUAGUCCAAUACAAACCUAUUACUUACAAUGACUACGUCUACCCUGGCUGGUCUUUAAUCAUCGGAUUCCUAAUGGCUGUCUCUUCCGUAAUUUGUAUUCCUAUCUAUGCCAUUUAUAAGAUCUGGACGUCUGAAGGGACAACGUUUCUAGAGCGUGUAAAAAACGCAUUAAAGCCAGACCCCAGCUGGGGCCCAGCCCUGCAGGAGCACCGGACUGGUCGCUAUGCACCGAACGUCAGCUCAGGCUCAGACCUCAACCAGGAGGGUCAGCACACUAAGGAGAAGCCAGAAGAGGUCAGCCUCAUGAUCCAGGACAGCAAUGGCUCUGCACACAACCCGGAGGCCAGCGCGUAAAACCAUGGUGCAUCUUCAAAGCAUUUUACACACAGCAGUGGGUGAAGACAUUCUUGUGAAAAUGUAACCUUUACAUAUUGCAAAGGCUUAUUAUUUCUAAUCUCUAUAGAAUGGUUGUCAUUUGAAUAUUUUUUUUUGUCUGCAUAAUCGGAGAAUGUACAUUCUUGUUUGCAUGAAAAACUAUAACUUGUCUACAAAAAUAGCAAGGUGGGGAACAUUACUUUCAGAUCUUUUAUGAAAACUGAGUAUGGUAGAAUAGCAGCCAGGCAACCUUGUAUAGUCACAAAGCUAUCUCGUUGGAGAGCUGGAGACAGAAUUUUCUUUAUAACAAAUAAAUAAAAUAACACACACACUGACCCAAACCCCAGUUCUGAGAAACAGGUGUUCUGUUUGCCAUUUUUUAUUACACUUGCUAUAUGUCGUAUGGGGAAAUAAUGUUUUCUGUUUCUUAUUAUAAAUGUCCUAAAUAUUAAAAAAUAUAUAUUUUAGCGUGUUUUGUAAAUAUCCUACAAAACAAAUACAUGAUAAUUGUUCAUAUAUUUCCUUGAUCAUAAGAUAAAGUCUCAUUGUUUUACAAGUAACCUAUGGUUCCUGUUUUCAUGUGUCCAUCAGUCCAAGGAUAUAAUUUAACUAUCUUGAACUAUAUUUUGGCCUGAACCUUUUUUUGGAUAAAGGAAUCACAAACAGCAAUAACUGUUUGGAAACUGGGUUCUGUUUACAGACGAUGGACUAAUUGGACUACAGCUCAACAUCAAUACAAUGAUGUGGAAACAGACCUUUUUGACCCAAGCAUUAAUGAUCCAAGUGUAAUAAAGUAUUCUAAUGAUGCUGCAUAACAGUUUAAGAAAUAUUAUGCUCCAGCUUUCUAAAUGGACAGCCUGAUUCAUAAAACACUUCCAUAUCAGUUAGGACCAUGGUGAAACCAGGCAGCCAAUGAACCAAAGAGGAAAUGUUUAAGAAAUGUUCAUGUGUUCUCUGUUUCACUGGUUGCCUGAAAAAAAGUUGCCCAAAAGAUGGCUUGUGUUUACAUCUGCUGUUUUAAAACUGUUGUUUCCAGAAAAUACACUAGAGAAGAGAUGAUCUAAGUGGUAUAGGCAACUAAAGGAGAGGUAUAAAAUGAUGAUACUUCAUUAUUAAAGAUGCAAGGUAUUAUUUUAGUAUGUCUUCCAGUAAGGUUGUUGUGAAGUGUGUGGUUUUUUCUUUUGUUUGUUUUUUUUGUUGAAUAUUACACUUGAGAAGGGAGCAUAGGCAUUAAAACAGUAGCACAAAUGUUAUGAAAUUGAAUGCUUGUGAUAGUUACAGAACAGUAGGUAAUGCCCCAUAUUAACAAAAAAGCACAAAAUACGGUAUAACAUUCCCAAAUAAACUUAUAGUAUGCAUAUUUAUUUUUAAUAAAAGCAAACUAGUAGUUUGGGAAGCACUAUACAAUACUUCAUUUUUAUUUAUUUUUUUAUGUUGGGAAAUUUCCAGAGGGGUUGGGCUGUGCUUUACCCCAUUCCUCCGUUCCCCUUUCAAACGUGCUGUUAAACGACGAUUCCAGCUACAUACAGCAAAUAGCAGCCUUUUUAGAGAUGUCAUAAAUCAUAUAACAUAGUACAAUUUGAAGUAAGAAAAAGUGCUUUACAAAAAUAAUUAAAUAAUAAGAGUAGCGUUUAGCUUUCCUCAUUUGUGACUUGAUUUGUUUUAAGUGAAACAGUUUGCUAAUUGCCAAGGAUGUUUCAGUAGAGGUGGAGGUUGUUAGACACAGUGGAAGGAGUGGAUGUCUCAUUGGAUUGGCAACUGUAAGGGAAGCCUUUUACCUCAUUCAUUAGUAGAUGCCAUUGUGAUCUGUUGGUUGUCUUGUGAACAUCUGUAAUUGGCUCCAAUAAUCUCAUCUCAUUUGGUGCGCGUGUGUGCAAGGGAGAGAGGGACGUUGCAGCUGCUAAUGCCAUUCCCACUCUGCAGUUAAACAAGUGACUUCAGUCUUCAACAUUGUUAAUCUGGUUCCCGGUGUAGAUAGUCUGGGAUUGCUCUAUGACAGAUCAUUUAAUUUAUUGGUAAUCCCUACUAAUAUGACUCCUUGCUUGCCUUUUUGUGGGUGUGUUAGGAAUGUGGAAAAAUGUUAAUUAUGAUCCUUAACUGUUGCUUUAUAAACAUAAAAUACUUUUUUUUUUUAUAGUGGUUCUCUUAAAUCAUCCAAAAAUGUGAAAGCAGCAGUGCAUACCAUACACAAUUAAAAAUAUACUACAGAAUUUCCAUUAUCUGAAACUCAGGGGACAAGGGAUAAUGUAGGUGUUGUCUGGAUAUCAGAAUACUUGCAUAUAGAGCUGCAACCAGUUGCUCAACUGCAGUGUAACUACAUUUUUUGAAGAAAAAAUAAAUAAAUUAUUGUACUAUAUUUCAAUUUAAAAUAGAAUUGUUAUGCCCUAAAAAAAUGUCAAGCUGCAUUGAUUUUGGUACAAAUUGCAUGAAUUAUUAAAAGACAAUUACAAUAUCUUUUUAACUGAACCUUAUUCCCUCCGAGCAUCCUCGGUGAGCCCCUGUUCUUCUCCUCCUUGUACAGUGAUGUAAAGAGACACCUGUCUUUUUCUGUCUUGUUUCUUGUUUGUUUAAUAUUGUAUUUAGGUUGUAUAAAUGGGUAAUAUUUCCUCUCAGUAGGGUUAAUUUGCAGUUGGGUUAUUAGUGCAGCAUAAUGCCAGUGUUGAUGUUUUAGAAUUAAAACUAACGUUUCUCAGUAUCUUAUAACAAAACAGUUUACUUAAGCUAUGUUGUUUUUUUCCCAGUUCUCUCAGAUUAAGUACCUCUGUUACCCAAUUACAGUAAAACCUGCCUCACCUAAAAUGUGAAGCCAGCUGGUAUUAAAAGUCCAGCACAACCUGUAAUAUUAUAUCUUACAACUACAAUAAAGGAACAGUAAAUUGGGACAAGCAGUGUUAUAAGUGUUUAACAGAAUCAAACUGCUAUACAUUUGUUAAGUUCACUAAGUUUUUUGUACCAUUUAUCUGCAGCAUAUGCCACAUGUAACAAAUAUUUGCUGCGAUUUAUUUGGCUUUUUGCCUGCAGUGAUUUAAAGAUCACACACCAUUCUCGAGUGCCAAGCACACUACCUGCAAUGAGAAUUACUGCUGGAGUAUGAAUAUUUUAGUGGCAAAUGUUACAGGUCGUCGGUGACUUUUCAGCAAGGGUGGAACCAGAAUAUCACUAAAAUAUAACUUUAACUGAACCACUUCUAUAUACAAUAAAUGCAGGCCGCAUAACCUCACCCACGCAGUGAUGAUAAACCGCUCUUCCAAAACGUGGCACAUAUGCUACACACUCGGAAGUAGUCCCACACAAUUUACACAUUUACCAAAAGAAAACUACAAAAAACUAAAACCUGCAAUUGGAGCACAGGCCCCUCAAUGCCACAUGCAAUGUAGGAACCAUCUGUCACCAGUCAGGUGCAUGUGCACAAAGGUGUGGUGGACAUCACAGACCGUAGGAAGUCUGUGGGUUCAGGAAGGAGAAGACAUUAUUGAUGUCUCCAAAUGUAUAAUGCUGCAAAAAACGCUUCCUUGGGGGACCGGCCAUUUGCACAAUAGUUGUAAUUGUAAUGUAUUUCUUCUAGGAAUUCUGUUUCUAAAAUAUUACAUUUAAUAUUAUUAGUAACUAAAACAUUACAUCUUCAAUGUCACUAACUUGGUGGGUCAGAUUGUGCCACAAUAACAAUGGAUUUUUUAAGGUUUAUCCUGGGUGAUGGGGAUUUACUGUUUGGGGUAGCUUAUAGCUGACAAACCCACAUCAACUUGUCUUUUUGUAAAACUGUUUGAAGGAUUUAAAAAAAAAAAAAAAAAAAAAAAAAAAAAAAACCCUGUAAACACAAGGCCAUUUCUAAGGAUGUGCCUUAUCCAUGCCUGUUACAUAUGGAAUUGUGUAUGUUAGAAAUGGAAAUGCAUGUAAUUAGCUGUAAUUCCUUUCCUGUUACAACCAUAACCCUAAAAAGCAACAGCUUUGUAUACAUUUUUCUCUUGGUAUGUGUAUAUUAUACAAGCUUAGCGUACAAACAGUAGUUAUAUGUACCAUAGGUUUUUAAUGAUAUUUUUGGGAUAUACUUGCGAUAUACUUUUAAGACGGUAUAAUAUGUAUGUCAUGUUGUGUUAGUAACAAUGUCUCCUGAUAAAGGAGGGUUUUAUUUUUGUUUGUUUUUUCAAGCGUACUUUGUACCAAUAGGAAGUAGCAUUACCUUGUAACACCCUCACAGUAUAAUUAAUAUGUUUGAUUGAAAAACAACAAAAAAAAAAAACGACCAGUGUUUUGUUAACGGCUGUUGAUAAAAUGUAGUUUGUACCAGCAGAGCAACUAAAAAUAUUCAUACAUUAGAAAAUGAAGGGGUCAAACAACAAGCGACAGUGUAGGGCAUUUUGCACAGAUGCAUUCAUGCUUUUUCAUGGCAUUUCACCUGAAAAGAACCUGCAGUUUAGGGGCUGGUUUCCCGCCUACUUUAAUCUCACUAAAGAUAAGAGACAAGUGACCUCAUGCCUGUUUUUUGUUUUUAAAUUUUAGAAACAUAUAUCCUGUUCACCCCAGAUGUUUUACAAUGUCAUUUCUCAAACAAUUUAAGCUUUGGAUCCUAGUCGUCUAUUUUUUAUUUUUAUUUUUUUAAAUCGAAUCUCAGGGUUUACUUCAGAUGGGACUGCUGCUCUAAAUAUUACAUUUUGUGUUGCACUUCUCUUUCUUGAUGUUUAUCAUUGUAAAGGUAUAGAAGUGUGUAUGCUCACAUGUCAUAGAUAUAAAUUAGCCCAACUAUAUAUAUAUAUAUAUAUAUAUACUUUUAUCAUUUUCUGUUUUUUUUUUUUUUUUUUUUUAAAUAAGACCUUUUUAAAUAAAAAAAUGAACGGUACUGUUGAGAUACUGGAACCCGUGUAUUUGUGCAUCUAUAGUACUUGAACAAUCCUGUUAGAAAACAGAGGUUACAAAAGAAAAAUUGAAAAGUAAAAAAUAAUGUCAGUCAGUAUGUGUAUAGUAUGUCAAUAUAACAAUAGCUAUUACUACUGUUUUCAGUGGUAUAAACUCUUAAGUGCAGUUGACAUUGUACACAGACUGGCAGUGUGUGUGUGUGUGAGGGUGGAGGGGAGGGGGGACCAGUCUCCGUUCAUGCCAGGUGCUGUGGAAGAACUCAUGUUGAGGCAGAGCAGUGAAUAAAAUCAAACCUGCUUUUCCUUUGACAGAAGUGGAUUCCCUUGUGUGCCCUUUACUCUGUGCAAAAUACCCUGUUUGUCCAUUAUGAAAAUGACCGUAUUUGUAUUGUCACAACUUUCAUUUGAAAGUAUGGGAGCCCAAGCUAGCUUUACGAUAAAAUAAAAACCUCUAGAUGAUGAGUACAACACUAUAUUAUGUUAUAAGAUUAUUGGUCAAGAAUGUGAAUAAAGAAUAGCAAUUAACAUUAAAA